AGGAGACGCUUUGUCAACAUUCAACAUGGCGUCUCACAGGAGGGGUUUGUUUUGUUUACGUACUCUGUUGUUAAGCUUUUUAUUUUAUUGUACGUAUUCCCAUUUCCAGUCUGUUUUCGCAAAUGAUGUCGAAGACUGUGAAAGUCUACGCCUGGGACAGUAUCUUUGUAAUGAACCAAGGAUAAACGAUGCCACUCAGGAGCCUGAGAACUGCAAAGACAAGAUUGCCUGGGUUGAAUGCCUACCUGCUCCAAAUAUCAGCUGCCGCUUAAAAAAUGGGACAGAGUUUAAAUUCAGCGGUGACGAAGUGGGCUUCAACAAAAGCAUCUCCUGCCGGAACGUGAGCGGUUACUCCUACAAAGUAGCAGUGGCCUUGUCCCUCUUCCUGGGGUGGUUAGGAGCUGACCGAUUCUACCUGGGAUACCCUGCUUUAGGGUUGCUCAAGUUCUGCACAGUGGGUUUCUGUGGGAUCGGGAGCCUGGUGGACUUCAUGCUGAUAUCCAUGCAGAUUGUGGGUCCAUCGGAUAGGUCGGAGUACAUAGUGGAUUACUACGGUGCCAGACUCACACGCCUCUCCAUCACCAACGAGACCUACAGACACACCCAGACCUCUCCUUGAUGGGGGGGUAGGUCAAAUGCAAAAUAAGAACAGAAACCUCCUCUGUCUGAAUCCUGUGAAUAACGCCGCUCUCUUUUUCACUCGGUCAUUCCCGAAGCACAAAACGAGUCAACAUUUUCAGUUAGCCUGUCUGCAUGCACUCAAACGUCAGGACCGGUGCUCGUGAAGCUCUGCCUUUUCAAAAUGGCUUCUUAGACUGAGGGCCUCAGCGCAGGGAAGGACUUCACACCAGCUCAGGGCUGCAGAACUGUAACCGUCAUUCCUUGCCCCCUCCCAAAAACACCACGGAAAGACCAGUGGAGAGGAAAAUGAAAGACACCAAGGAAUCGUGGAAAGACUUCUGUUCCAGCCCUGCGUUAAGCACAUGUGUAGCUGCACCAGAACAAGUGGAGGGCGAUCACCUCUGCAGGCUUGCAGUGCUCCCACAUCAUCCUAGAUGCUGUGCUUUGACCGGGAAUUCAGUUUAGGCACCAGGGAGCCUAGAAAAAUGUAUAUGUAAAAUGUUUCAACUUGCGCACAUGCUCAGUAAACGAUCAGCAUAAAGCUCUGCACUGGGGAAUCAGCACCGAGAAGAGUCAUGUGAUGUGUUAUUUAACUCCGUCUGGCAGCAGGGGAGCUAUUUAUGUACCGAGUGACUGUUCGUUUUGUUUGAUUUGUCAUUGGAGACGUUUGUAAAUAAAUUUAUCCUCCAA